CACUUUAUUUUGUAGUUUGCUAUAAAAAGCUGGAUAGGAAGGAUAGGUUUUGAUACGAUUCUUUUUAAAUUGCUUUAUCAAACUGUGUUACAUACUAAUAUGAUUGCUAAGUGAACUCAAAAGGUAGUUAUUCAUAAGAAAGUGAUUUCUAUACAAAACAGUGCAUUUACCGUUGAUUUUGUGGUCGUGUUCAUCAAUGGAAAUGGGAUCAUCAAAACGAAAAUCGUCUUUUAGGAUCGACGAUAUUCUACAUCAUCAAGCAGAACAGCAACAGAUUCUGCUACACCAUCAACAUCAGCUGGUUCAGAGCAGUGUUUUAAAACAGCUAUCGGAUUUGAAUACAUGUCAGAAUAAUUCCUCGACCCCCUCAUCGACAUCCACAGAGUAUUGCAGUAGUGGUCCCAAGUCACCACCAGGAUCUCCAUUUGUUCAGAGCGGACAAGACUCACCAAAGAAACCUACUGCUAUGUAUCCAAAUCUUUUGGAAAUUCAGAAAAAUAGCUUUCCUAUGCAUUUGCCAUUCGCUGUUCCUACAUUCAAUUCAGCACUUAAUCCUGCACUAAACGCCGCUUAUUUAGAACACUAUGCUAACGUACUAAAUAAAGCUUCUCCACGCUUGUUUCCAUUCUACCCUCCUCAUUAUAGCUACAUACUACCACCAUGUGGCUCUAAACGCAAAGGAGGACAAGUGCGUUUUACACCUCAGCAAACACAGAGCCUUGAACGAAGAUUUUCCAACCAUAAAUAUUUAUCACCGGAAGAUCGAAGGCAUCUUGCACUACAAUUAAAACUAAGUGAUAGACAGGUCAAAACAUGGUUCCAAAACCGCCGUGCUAAAUGGAGACGUGCAAAUAAUGGAGGUCCCAUGUCGGACUCGCCAGUGGAUCUGGGAGUUGAUGCAAGCAAAUCCACGAAUCAUGUCUCGGUUUCAACAUCUGCUGGAGCAACGAUAGAUCCUAUGAAAAAAUACUCGAAUGAUUAUCGUAGUACCUCGAAUAGUAAAUCCACUGACUCGUAUGAUCGUAAAAGUUCUGAAAAUUAUUCGGAUUUUGAGAGUUCUAAUGAUGCCGAGGAUAGUAGUUUUGAAGAUGGGGAGGCCUCGCCAAUCAAUGUUAUUUAAACUCAUUUUAUUGAUAAAGUUAACGCUAAAUAAAUCACUUAC